CCCGCGGAAGUUGGUCGCUGUAUUGACCUGGGUGAUGAUAAUAUGUGAGCUCAAUUUGCAUAACAUUGUGUGAGGCGUUAAUACUUUUUUAUUGUUGCAGUCUGACAGUCUGACAUUUUUUUCCGUAGACUCGGUAACGGUACAGAAUAUUGCAGGGAAAUGUUGGAGUGCGGCAUGCUUGAACGGGAUAAAAAGGCUCUUCGGAAAAACUCUGUUGCUCUGUGCAAAGAACUGGUUGUAGAUGAGCUGUUCAUCCAGUUACUACAAGCUGAUGGCAUCCUUACAGAGAACAUGGCAGAAAACAUCCUGGCAGGGGAGACAUCUCAGAAACGCAGCUGGCGUUUGUUACUCCUCCUACCAAAACGAGGACCCAAAGCCUUCCAGAGCUUCUGCUCGGCUCUCCAGGGCUCAGAGCAGCAGCAUCUCUGUAACUUACUAUUACAAUCACAGGAGAUGGAAGCCAAGGAGACACAAGUAGAUUGUUUUCAGCCUGAGAGAGCGCCUGAAGAAAACUCAGAACGACUCGCGCAAAAUAGCAGAAAGAGAACUCCGAGGUCUUCUUUACCUUUUCCAAUUCAGGAGGAAUAUGCUGCGAAGAGAGCAAGGACACAUGCAGAGUCCAUGGAGUUCAGUCUCGAUGCUGACAGUCCCAUCAACACUCCUGUUCUUCCAUGUUCUCCUGACUUCUAUCUGUCUCACUGCCAGCAGUCCUACAGAAUGAAGUCCUCGCCCCGAGGCUAUGCCUUGGUCAUCAGUAACGUGAGCUUUGACUCCUGCUCUGCUCCAGACCUUGACCCAAGGAAAGGAGGUGAAGUGGAUGAUGAGGUUCUCAGGAAGGUUUUCACAGAGCUGGACUACCAUGUCAGUGUUCACAGAGACCUUACUGCUCAGGGCAUGAGGACAUGCAUUGAGACCUUUUGCAGGCGGCCUGAACACCGGACAGUGGACAGCUGUGUUGUGUGUCUGCUCUCCCACGGAGUGGAGGGAGCAAUUUACGGCACAGAUGGAAAACUUAUUCAGCUGGACUGGGUGUUUGAGGCCUUUGACAACGCACAUUGUCCACUGCUUCAAAACAAGCCAAAGAUGUUCUUCAUUCAAGCCUGCAGAGGAGAUGAGAUGGACUGUGGAGUUGAGCAGUUGGAUGGGCCAGUGAGGAUCUCUUCACCGAGCUGUGAGCAGCACGAUGCUGGGAGGGAAGGAGAACGGGAUGCUGACAUGGCAAGACGGAACAUGGGAAGGCCCAGGAUUAAACUGCCUCAGCGAUCAGAUAUGAUCUGUGGCUUCGCUUCUCUCAAAGGUCAGAGAAUUUGCACAGCAGCAAUGCGAAACACCAAACGAGGGUCCUGGUUUAUCCAGGAACUUAACGCAGCACUCCGGCUGCACGCCAAAGACACACAUCUCUCAGACAUACUGGUGCAGGUUAACGCACGCAUCAAGGAGAGGGAAGGGUAUGCCCCAGGCACCGCCCACCAUCGCUGCAAAGAGAUGUCAGAGUUCACCAGCUCACUCUGCAAAGACCUCUACCUUUUCCCCAAGUACCAGCCCCAGUAUUGAUAUUCAGAAGCGCACUUUAAGUGAACAAAAACACAAAUCAGUGUUUAUAUGAAGCCUCUCUGUAAAAACUAAAAGAACUGCCUGUUAUUGCCUCACACUCUCACAUUCCCCUUUGUUACAACCUUACAUUUGUUUCCGUUUACACCUCACACACAUGUGCAAAGACACACGUUUUGGACAGGAAAAAGAGAAUCCUAUGUUAUUCCAGGUACACACACUCUGAUGGGAAACUAAAAUGUGUGUGUGUUUAUGCCAGUUAAAUGGGUUGUUUUUUUGUUAAUCCUUUUUAGUCAAGCUGCACAGCGACUCCAAUGUUCCUCAAAUUUCUUUUUAAAAUAACAAUUUUUUACACAGAUCUAUUUUUGUGCUUUUUGUUUUUGUAUAAAAUGGUUUUUAUAUAAAAUUCCCAACCCACACUUUUUAUGUGUAAAUGUUUGUUAAAAGUUGUGAAUAGAACUUGCUUUUAAUUUAGCGACAGGCAGAGGGCAGCACCACAGAGACAAAUCAUUUAAUCAUGGCUUCUAGAUCAGUAAUAUGCACUUAAUAAUGCUCUAUGGUUCUGCAGACACACAAACAAAAAAAGGUUUUAUCUUAAAGUUAUGAAAUAUAUUCACAGGGCAUCUUCAUUAGGAAGUCUCAUUCAUUUAUUCCUCUACUUAGGGUAUAAAUCCUCAGUUGGAAAAUAUGCAGCUUUUUAAAUGUUAAUUUGAUGUUUAAUCACUUGUGAUCCUUAAAGUUCUCCUGCCUAUGACAGGGCGAUGGGCUGGAAUUUGGUGCUACUCUCUGGUUCAUUCAUCCACAGUAUAACCACUGACCUUUAUUUCUGCAGUGCCUUGCCAAAAAUAUUUAUACCCCUAUACCAACACAUAUCAAUGAUUUUAUGAGACUUACGAAAUAGAACUGUGAAGUGGAAAGAAAAGAAAUACAUUUUUUUUUAUAUACAAACAGAUCUCUGGGAGCAUCUAAGAACAUAAUUUUCAAAUCUUGUCAUAGAUAAUUAAAUAUAACUGGUUCUGAACUUUAACUAGCCCAUUCUAUCAACAAGCUUAUAUAAUUCU